AUGACGACGAAUUUGAUAGGGCUCGGAGAUGAGCAUUGGCUGAGAGAAAGUUUGAGGAAGGAUCCGUUGCAAGAAUUGAAAGAUGUCAAAGCGGAACUUCAAAGAAAGACAGAAAUGCUUGAAAGAAUCGAGCAACGAAAACCAGCAAAUACAUUUCAACACACUGUUUAUCACGAAGUUCCUCGAGAUCCCUUGAUUCCCAACUACGGGCAGAGGCCUGUAUCUGCAAUGGGAUAUCCGUCUGGAAAUAAUUACCGGGACAAUUACCACUCAUAUCCUGUGAUGUACAAUAAUCAAGCGCAAACUCAACUAACAGAAGAGAAUCGAAGGCUAAAAGCUCGAGUUCGUGAUCUUGAAUCUCGAGUGGAUCAUCUUUUACGCGGACAAAAUGACAUUGAAUCCGGAAGCAAAACGAUGAAUACAAUCUGGGAUGAGAUGGUCACUCAGCUGUGUGAGCUGUUUGGUGCUGCUAUUGAAGAUAAGGAAGAUAAAGUCGCUGCAACUACUGUUGUCUUAGCUAGAGCUAGAGAAGUUAAAUCAGAGAUGAUUGAACUUCAGGCGAAAAAUGCUCAGUUGCAAACAGAAGUUGACCGAUCCGGCGCAUCUGCUGAGUCCGCUCAAGAAACAAUUGCUCGAAUGGCGGCCCAAAUCACUGAUUCGCAAACAUCGAGCAAUGAUCAGAAAACGGAGAUAACUGAUCUGAAUAAACACCUUAUCGAAGCUGCCGCUGAGAAAGAUCGACUUGAAGCUGAAGUCGCAUAUCUCAAGUCUCGAUUAGACGCCGCAAACUCUGCCUGGGAAGCCGCAAAAGAAGAGACCGGAGGUGCCGCUGCGGAAAAAGAAGGACUUGCUGCAGAAGUUGCGGAAUUGACACAUGCAAAGAAUUUAUUGGAAUCCGAAAUAAAUCUCUUUGUUGGAAACAUGGCGAAUAUGCUCUCGAAGCCUGAUCUUGUCGUUGAAGCAACUAUGGACGCUGUUCGCGAUCGGGUCAAGACUUUGUAUGGAACUCAAGAUAGCAGCCAAAGAACGAUCAAGAUUCUCGAGCAGAAGCUUCUUGAAGUCACUCAGCAACUGGAAAAACAAUGUGAAAUCCAUACCGAAACCUUACGAAGGGCAAAACGACUGGAGACGGAAAAUAACCAAGAUAAGAACAGAUUCAACAGAAUCGAGGAUGAUCUUGCAGCUGCAUCUGUCUUGAACUCGACGCUCUCGAAUCAGAGGGAGCGUUUCAAUGCGUUUCUUCAGGAUCUUGCUGAUGCAAUGAAAGUAACAUCUGAAGACACCGCUCGUGAUCUUGAGCUAUCCACAGAUAUCCUCCUCGACCGAGCUCGGCAAUUAGGUCAAUUGAAUACUGAAGAGCUUGCGGAGAAAUCGUCCGGGUAUUACUCCAUCAAGCGACAACUCAAAGCUGCAAAGGACCAAGUAAGAUCCAAAGAAAUGCACAUCGAGAUGAUGAGAAAGAAGAUGAAUCGCCUCGAAAUCGAAUCCGGUCAACGAUCGUCUCUUGCUGUGGAUAGAGACGAUGCAGUUGUAGCUCUUCAGAAAACGCAAAAGAAAAACGAAAGAAUGAAAGUCGAGCUUGCGAACGAACGGCAAAUUAUUCUUGAGCUAAAAGCAAAAAUGUCGGAUGUCGGAGAACUUCGAGCGUCGAAUAUGGAAUUGAUCGACCAACUUGAAAAGGCCAAAACAGCUGUUGAGAAAUUAUCCGCGAUCCGAGAUAGGCAAAAACAGCACAUUCAGGAGCUGAAAGACGAACUGAAGCUUUCGUCGCAUUCAGCUGAUUCGGAGCGGGGAACACUGCAAACACACUUACAAGCUCUUACCUCAGACUUGCAGACAACAAAGAAAGCUCUUGAUGACGCCAUCGCUCGCGAAAAAAUGCUCGUUGAAUUCCGCGAAGUUGUUGCUAGAAUGCUUGGCCUUGAUGUCUCAAGACUUGCUGUCCCAGACUACGAAGUUGUCACUCGCUUAGAGCGAUUAAUUCAAAACCAUCACGCAACGAAUGCUGGUCUCCAUCCAGGCGUGCCCGUAAAUACUGCGAUUCAAGAUCCGAAUUUUCAAACCGGGUUUAUGCAGGUUCCUGUGGAGGUUGUAACGUCGCAGCAAUCAAGCAGUCAAAGACCUAAUAAUCGACCUCGACGCCAGCGAUACUGA